AGCAAGGAUAAUUUCAUUUAAUGAGUUGCGCAUGCGUAAAGCUAUCAGAAUGCUGGGAUAGAAAGUUGCGGAAGUGAAUAUUGUGUCGUCUGUAAACUUACGGGUGUGACUCGAGGCUUUUACAAACUAUUUGGACUUGACUGUUGAAACACUUUGGAAUGAUGCAAGCGGUACCAAAGAAACCAAACUUUAAAUGCCCAAAAUUUUCAGUGCCAGCUAAACCUUCCAGUGAGAAAUCAAAUUCUACUGAAAACAAAGGAAAACAGGAAAAGAUAGAGGCAAAGAAGAAGCCUUUGUCUGUAGAAAUAAGAGCUGAUGGUGACAGUAAUGUUCAAUCUGCCACAAAGCAGAUUCUGAAAGCUAAUCCAAGUGGAGAUCAUAAGACUGAAAGUGCUGAAAUAAAGGACACCUUCAAGCCAGAAGGUGUACCGGAGUCUGGAGACAAUGUCAAAACAAGUCUUUUAAAGGAACAAAAAAUUGCAGACAAAAAUGAUGGACUGGAAGGUGACCAUGUAAAAGCCAAACAACUUUCAACAACUGUAUCAGAGAAAAAGGUUAUUAAAAAGAAGACCAAAACAAAGACAGAGUUCAGUGUCACACCAGCAUCAGACAUUCAGAAAAAUGAUGAAAACAAGAACAAUGCCAAAGAAAAAAAGAAAAAAGAAAAUAAAAGUGUGGUCCAGAAGCCAAAAAAGAUAAAAGAAAAGAAAGAGCCAAAAGAACCCAAAACAACACUUCCAGUAAGGUCCUUAACUGAAGAGGAAUAUACAGCCAUAUUUGAUGCUACAAUAGAAAAUGCAAUGAAUCUAAAUAUUGAUGAAUGGGCUCCUAAGGCAACUUCACCUUCAAAGAAAAAAGAGCCAGUCAAAAAGAAGUACAGUAUAACAGUGGGGAAAAAAGGAAAGAAAACUAAAGUUUCUACUCAAGAAUCCUGUCCUAGACCAAGUACAGGAAUGAUUGAAAAUACUGAAGGGGAUGAUAAGGAGCAUGAAGUUUUAUUUGGUCUGGACAACAGUGAGAUAGAAGACAAUGUGCCACAGGAGGCAAAGAAUAAAAAUGGAGGGACUGAAAAGCAUGGAGAGGAUGGAGAUGUAGACAGUAAAGGGGAAAAUGAAGAUAAAGAGAUAGACACUAAUGAACAGGGGAAUGAAGACAGUUGUAAUGAGAUAAAAGACAAUAACAGUCAAGAAAGUGAUAAUGCUGAAAAGGAAAAUGCCAGUGAGGAUGAGGAAGAGGUAAAUGGUGUUAGACAAGAGCUGGUUGAUGAAAAUAACAAUAAUCUGGAGGAUAAUGGAAACAGGUCUGAUGCUGAUGAAGAGGAAAUUGUAGUUGAUGACAUACAGGACGAACCUGUUGAAGAAAGAGCACAAGACGAAAAUGAGACAACACCAGUUGGAAGCGAAGUAGAUGCUGAAGAGAGGCAUUCCAAAUGUAUUAUUCCUCCAGUUAAAAAGAAGAAAAUCUCUAAAGUCAACAAAAAUCCAAAACUUGAGCCAAAGCAACUCCCAUUUGAAAAAGCCAAAGAAGUGUCAAUGGUAGAAAAAGUUAUACAGAUAAAGAAACAGAAACUUGAUAGCCACAAAUUACCUGCGAAGAAAAGAAAGCUCUAUGAUGAUGUAAAGAAGCAUGGAGCAGAAAACACAGGGAAAAAGGCAUUAAAAGAGGCAGGAAAGAAAAAGAAACCUGAGACAAAGAUAAGCAAGAAGCAAAAGAUGCAAGAGAGAGAACUUGAAAUAAAUGGCACAUGGGUUCAGUGUUGUAACAGUACCUGUAUGAAGUGGAGAUACUUGUCAGAUGUCAGUGACCCAACAAUCGUUCCUGAAAGAUGGACAUGUAGUAUGAACACUAAUAAGAACUACAACAGUUGUGAAAAGGCUGAGGAGAAUUAUGAUGAAAGUGAACAUAUCUACACAAAAUUUGCUGAAGGUUCUGUGGUGUGGGCUAGAAUGACUGGCUAUCCUUGGUGGCCUGCAAUGGUAGAGAUAGAUCCAGAUACAGAAACUUUCUUCAGUAUAGACUCGGAUGACUCCAUGAUCCCAACCCAUUAUCAUGUUGUAUUCUUUGACGAGCAUGUAUCAAGAACAUGGGUGAAAGCAGACAAUCUGAAAAUGUUUUCAGGCAAUGAAGAUGAUGAUGGUAUAGUGUAUCAGGUAUCAAAAAAGGGACAGUCCUACAAGAAGGAAAUAGGUGUUGCAAAGAAAAAUGCCAUGAGAGCUAGAAGCUGCACAAUUCAGGAGAGAAUUGAACUGUUUGGAUUUGCCUCAAGGUACAAAGGUCCAUGGAGCUCAAAAUCAAAAGGCAGCAAAGUUGAAAAGCGCAAGAGUUCAAAGACGGUAUCUGGACAAGAAUCCAAAGUUGAACAGGUAAAUUUUCUAGACGAGGAUACAAUGGACGAUGUUCUAGAGCAUACAGACGCACUGCUGGACAAUGUCGAAGAAAUGCUUGAAUCAAUAAACAGUCAGCUGGAUGACUCUGAUGCCGAUUCUGACUUUAUGCCUGAAGAAUUAAUUGUUGUGGAAACAAAGAAGAAAAGAGUCAGAAAAUCUUCAGUCAGUAGUCCAGGAAAGAUUGAGAAAGCUUCCAAGAAAAAAGUGAAUUUUAUGGAAGCAAAUAUAGAGGCUGACAUGGUAACUGAUACAAAUAGUAUAGAAUGUGAUAAAGAGGUCAGUAAAACAAAAAGAAACUCUAAAAUCAAGGCAGAUAAAAAUGAAACUUUGUCAAAAACUGUUGAUACAAAGUUGAAACUUGACAGUGAUAUUUUUACAAUGGAAAUGUAUACACAAAAUGAUGAUAUUACAAAGACUGUUGGAAAUACAGUAGAAGAAAAAACCAAUGAGACAAAAGAUAACAAGACUGAAGAAAGAGUUCAAGAGUCAGUUCCAAAGGUACAGGGAAAGUCCACAAAGAGGAAGAAAACAGAAAACUCAGAUUGUAAUCAAGAUAGAAUGAAAGCAAAGAAGCAGAAAGAGAAUAAAAGUGAAUUGGUUGCACUGCUUACAGAGACUGACAGUGAACAGAAAUUGGAAAACCACCUUAAUUCUUCUAAACCAAACGAGAAUUUAGAAGAAGUUACAGAUACAAAAAACACUAAGCUAUCUAAAGACAGUACAGACAAGAACUUAGGUGACAAAAGUAACACAAUUGAGCUGGAUAAAACUGAAUUUGGUACAGGCACCGACAGUAUCAAAAGUAAUACUGACUCACAUGUCAAGAAAGAAGUAACUGAAAAAGGUAAUCAGAAAGAACAAAAUUCCAAUUCUGAAGAAAACAUUGUAAGAAAUGAUGGAAAAACACAGGGUAAUACGGUUGAUAGGUCACCAAUCAUUAGAGAACUUGGUAAUGAAAAAGAGGUACAGAACCUUGUUGGUCUAGAUGAUGAAAUUGAUCUCAGUGCUAUUGAAAGUGAUGCUGUGCCUGAUAUAGAUAGAGAAGAAAUAAAUGCUGGCAGUACUAGAAGUACAGAACAAAAUUUAGAUAAUGAGUCAGAUAGUGAGUUUGAUCUAGAGGAGCAUUACAUGUAUGAGACCAAGUAA